AUGAGGCGAGCGCCGAGCGCGAGGCAUCCGGAGGCCGGUCGAUGCCUCGACGCCCCGUUCCGCGCGCAGCAGGUGCGGCCCCGGGCCCGUGGCGCUGCUGAGGCGGUGGCGGGUGCGGGCGCAGACGACCGGGCGGCCGCUGCGGCGGGGGUGGCGGCGGGGCUGGUGGCGGCGCCGCGCGUCAACGCGCCCUCGCCGCAGCCCGUGCCGGCGCCGGGCGCCCCGCCGAAGAAGCCGCUGCCGCCGCUCAAGAAGAAGAACGCAGGGAAGGGCGCGGGCGCCGGGGCGGCGGGGGCGGACGCAGGGGCGGGGGCGGAGCCCGACGCCGACGUCGUGGGCGGCGUGCUUGUGGCGCCCCGCGACGGCCCUGCCGCCCUCUUGGACGGCCCCGGCGAGAACGGCCGCCCCGUCGUCCUCCCCGCUAACAUGUCCGCCGACAUGAAGCGCCUCGUGGACGAGGGCUGGCUCAAGAACGCCUUCAACCAGUACGCCAGUGAUCUCAUCUCCGUGCGACGAAAGCUGCCCGACCCACGUGAUGCCUGUAUCGUCGUGCAUAGUCAUCAUUCAUUCACUGUGUUUUGUGAACCAAUCUGCGUGUCACUGAUAAACCGACCCAAGCCAAUUACCUUAGUCUUGAGACGGCCUCCUGACCGACGCGUUGGAAAUCAAUCUCGUAAGUGCCAGAGAGUGCGAAGUUUCCGAGACAUUCCGUUUUCCUCCUCCGCCCCGGCGGACCCCGCCGCCGCGCCGCUCGCGGCUCCGCAAUAUUCAUCACGUUACGGCGGCCGAAAGGCUGUCGCCGGCACUUAUGAAAAGAGCCGCACGCCUGAAGGUAUUGGCCGAGACGGGCCCGGGCGGUUUCGAGGAAGGGUGGGAAGGCGGAGGGAAGAAGGAAAGCCCCACGUAGACAGCUACAGACAUAGACAGACCAGAUAG